AUGUCGUUCCAAGUAUUAAAUACUCGGUUAGACAGGGAACACUGGCGAGUUGGGGCCUCGCAGGUGGUUGGUGUUGAGACGGAAAAGUCAGUGCCGAAGAUACCAUGCAAAUCUCUGCAAAAGAGACCUACACUGGACAGAAUGUUCACUUUGACGUCACAAAGAAAUGAUGAUGGUUUGCGGGCGUCUUACAAUAUCCCGUUACUUAUAGCAAAACCCGGAAAACCGCAUACUAUCGGAGAGAAGUUAAUUUUGCUAGCCGUUGAAGAGGUUUUAAAAACUGUUUUACACAAACCUGCAUCUGAUAUCAUUAAAAGAAUUCCCUUAAGCAACAAUACUGUUGAAAGACGUAUUGAUGCAAUGAGUUCUGAUAUUGAAAGCUUCUUAUGCAAUUAUUUGCAAACGACCCAUUUCUCUAUACAACUGGACGAGUCAACUUUACCUGAUAAUGCAGCAUUAUUAUUGGCACAUGUUCGUUUUAUUAUGAAUCAAGAAAUCUACGAAGAACUGCUCUUCGCAAGAACUUUGAUAACCGACACUAAAGGUGAAUCAAUAUUUCAUAUUUUGAAGGAUUACUUCAUUGAAAAAGCAAUUCCUUUAUCAAAUAUAAUAUCAGUAGCUACAGAUGGAGCACCUGCCAUGGAUAUUUUGACUAUGGUAAUACCACCGUGGAUAAUUAAUCCAUAUGGUGACAUAGAAGAAACGAAUGUCAUAAUACAAGAGGAACUGACUGAACUAAGUACAAACGAAGAACUUAAGGUUCAGUUUAAAAACGGGAAUCAGCAAUUUUGGCUGCAAAACAACAUACCCGUUACUUAUCCCAUAUAA